UACUUCGCACCGGUGCGAAUUACUUUCCGUUAAGCGCGAUUUCUAUCUACGUACUAUUGCUGCUGCCCUGCUCUUGUAACCUUUUCCUUUAUUUUAUUCUUGGCAGCAUGAAGUCAGCGGCUGUGCUUGUAGCUGUUGGAGUAGCAGCCAUAAGUUUGUUCGGCUGCAGCGGAGCUGCAGAUGGGGAGCAAAAAGGGGGGGGAGUAAUAAACAUGGACUUUUACGAUGUGCUGUGCCAAAAUGGAACGUCUCCCACGAUGCAGAUCGGAUGUCCUUCUUGUGAGCCGACAUGCAGCAACCCCGUUUCCAAGUGCCCAGUAAGUAUUGCCAACUGUCCCGUGAAAUCCGUCUGCGUCUGCAAGCCAGGAUUGGUGCGCACCGCCCAGGGAACCUGUGUGCCGGUCAGUCAAUGCUCCGCACCGUCUCCGGCAACGACUGCAGCAUCUACUAAGCGGCCGACUGCAGCGCCACCUGCUCCAGGGCCGGCCAGUGGGGCGGGACUAAACAUCGACUUUUACGAUGUGCUGUGCCAAACUGGAACGUCUCCCACGAUGCAGAUGGGAUGUCCUAGCUGUGAGGCGACCUGCAGCACCAUCAACCAGCGCGCCCCCAUCUGCUUAUUUACAGACGCCAACUGUCCCGUGGCACGCAGCUGCGUCUGCAAGCCAGGAUUGUUGCGGACCGCCCAGAGAACCUGCGUGCCGGCUAGUCAAUGCGACGCAGCAUCUUCGGGAACGACUGCAGCACCUAAAAAGCAGCCGACUGCCGCAUCUACAAAGCAGUCGACUACAGCGCCACUAGCACCCACCCCGGCCCCUGGUUCCUGCUGCGGCAACCACAUGCUAUUUGGUUGUGCCAGGUGUGAAUCGACAUGCCUCACGAGCUUUUCGGUUUGCAGUGUGACGGAUGCCAAGUGCCCCGGGAAUUCCCAGCGUGCUUGUGUCUGCGAACCAGGAACGGUACGCAACGAUCUGGAUAAUACCUGCGUGGUGCCCAGUCAGUGCCCGUCAGAUGAGGAGCGGCGACGGAAGAAGAACUCUGGCGCCCCGAGUGCACGCAAUUAAUUGGAAAAAUAUUUUAAUCGCUGACUAGCUAGGAGAAUAUCUGGUUUGCAUGAACUGUGUUGCUUUAUUACGGUGUUUGGUGACCUUGAUCACUGCUGGGAAUAGACUUUGCGACCGACAGUUGCUCACGUUUAGCGGCACCGCUUUUGCCUACAAAUGCUACUGCUUUAUGUUGUAAGCGAAAGAUCUGUCGGAUAGUCUACAUACCUAAAAAUUUUUGCCGAGAAUUCGGUGUUUUCUCGAUUCUGGUAGUCGUAGUCGUAGCCGGACUGGUGACUUUUCUACCUUUUCUAGCUAGCUUGUUCUUUAAAGAAUAUGCAA